GAGACCUUGUUCUUUGUGUACCACGUCUUAUCUAUAUAAGUAGGUUGGCCAAAGAUUCCCCCGCCACCCCACCCCCUUCUCCCGAACUGCCCUUUUAUCUCUCCCCAUUUCGCAUAUCGCCUGCACUGAUCUUGCUCCGCUCAACAGCCCUCCUGUGUAGUUUGCAUGCCAGUGAAAAGGCUGCUUUCCUCACCCCGAAGGCUAAUAAAACAUUCUGAUUCUUAGUCUGGCCUUUGUGCCAAUCGCCCCUGUCUUCCGCUCUCUGUCAGUUUUCGACUUUCGGAACAUACCAGACUGUGUGGCUACUUGAGUCCAUCUCAUAUUCUCGCAUAACAUCUUCGGACGUUCAAUUACUACCUCUGCGCCUUUGCAGCGAAGGACUUCAUCGAGCAGUGUAUACGUCUUCUACGACCACCUGCGAUAAUUGUCCACUCACAAAAUGACCGGCGUAUUUGUCGGGCCCAUACCGCCACGUGAUUUCCUCCUCGACUUCCUGAGGCUGAAGUCACUACAGAAACCAGAGGCACAGCUUAAAAUCGAUUUCUCCGAAGUGCCAUUCGAGGGAGUACAAACCGAUAUGUACGAUCUCAUAUGCAAUGCUAUCAACAAUUCCGACGUCUGCCCUGGCUUCAAGUUGAUUGACGUUUCGAGCUCAAUAGACGGUAAUAGCGUUCGAUUGCGCCCGGAUCUCGUAUUGGUACCAGCCGACGCUGAAGACCUGAUGGACUAUACCAUUAUGGAAUUCUUUGUCGAGGCAAAGCUCAGCGAUCUCACGGAUUCCUUUUACAACGUCCAGGACACAGCCCUGGAUGAUACCGAGGAGAAACCGACGGGAGACAGCGCGGAGGCUCUCGAACAGAUCGCAAGCUACGCAGCCGCGUUGUUAGCCCGACAGCACAGAACGUUCGCAUUCUCUAUCGCCAUCUACGGCCAGUAUGUUCGCUUCUUCCGAUGGGAUCGUGCUGGAUGCAUCGUCAGUGAUCUGUUUAACUUACUGGAAGACUCGAACCUCUUGGCCGACUUUUUCUGGUGCUAUGCCCACAUGACUCGCGAACAACGUGGCUUCGACCCGACUGUGGUACCUGCUUCUGCUGCGGAAUCCAAACUGUUCUCCGAUGCUCUGUCGCGAUACAUCGAGGAGUCCAAGCCCCGUGAUGUCAGCUAUCUACAACCUAGUCCCGAUUCUACCUAUCCGAUCUCCAAGAUGCAUACUCCAAUGGCGAAGGGCAUUCGGCAGCUGAUUGUUGGCAAACCGUUCUGGGAUGCUGACUCUCCUGACCGGACGACAAGGGCCUACGCUGCGUAUGAUAUGGUGGAGAAGAAGAUCGUGUUUGCGAAGGACUCUUGGCGUGAUCAAGAUGAAGGCAUGCUUUCGGAGGCUGAGAUCUAUGACACGCUCAAAAAGAACAACGUACCUUUCCUACCCGAAGUCAUUGCAGCUGGGGAUGUAUAUGUGAAGACCAAGAAGAAGAAGAUGUAUCAGAGGACACUUAUCAAAAAGUGGUCUACUUCUAACAGCAAAUUGCUAUUGUGGCGCCUGCCAUCUGCGGACCUGCGGACCUUGGUUCAUUGCAGGGUCGUUCAAGAACUCGCCUAUCCUCUCACGUCUGCGCUCUCAUCGAAGGAGGCCGUCCAAGCUAUUCGCGAUGCGAUCGAAGCUAUCAAAGUUGCGUACCACGAUGCAAAGAUUUUCCACCGCGACAUCAGCACUGGAAACAUCAUGAUCAGUAGAUCCGGUCGCGGAAUCCUCAACGAUUGGGAUCACGCACUGAAAGUCAGUCUCAGGGACACACCCCAAGGGUAUCGGGUAGGCACUUGGCAAUUCAUAUCCGUGCCGUUACUGCGGCGUCCUAGAAAAGGCCAUGAGGUGCACGAUGACCUGGAGUCGUCACUCUGGGUGUUACUUUACAUCUCUCUUCAUUAUUUCAAACACACCAAACUUUCCGACGUCGAUUUCUUCAAUGAGUACAACGAGUACAGCCAAAAUGGCAGUGCAACUCGUCACGCGUAUGGAGGUUUAGCAAAGGCGGGCUUCCUAUCCUUGGGACUACUAGAUGUGAAGUGGACGUGUGCUCCUUUGAACAAACUUAUACACAAGUUCGGCGAUCUCUUGGACCGAUAUCAACAACAAUACAACUGGCAGGAUGAUGACGAAUUCGCGGCUUCCUUCACGGACAUCCAGAAACGGCUCGAGCAGGUGGAUACUGUUUUGGAUCUCUUCGAUACUGCUCUGGCAUCCGAUGAAUGGACGGAGAACGAUGUGUUGCCUGAUCAGUAUAGCCGGAAGGACGAGAAGAAAGAGACUGAGAAACGUCAUGAUUCGAAGUCACAAACAGUUGCUCCUGCUCGGGAGACGAGUCCUGUUCUCGUCGCUGGCAUUGCGCCUUCAGUUUCAAUACCAACUCCGUCCUCUAUCCCUGGCAUACGUUCCAGUACUCGACUAGCGCAGCAGCGUAUUGAAGAGCAAGUCCCCGUAGCGGAAGCUGGGCCUUCACAGCUUCCCAUGGAUUCUCGCAGUACUGUAAAGAGAACGCUCGAUGAAGUGCCUACAGGGGUGUCAACGUCUCGUUCGAAGCGGAUGAAGACCGUGGCGCGAAAACCAUCGAAACGGGCACCAAGACCCCCGCCUCCCGAGCGACCAGUGGUAGAGCAUCGAUAUCCCACGCGUUUCAAGUUGAAUCUUUCCCGCCAAGCCGGUCGUCUGAGCAACACGCAGCAUGCAGAUGUCGAAAUGCAGGAUACUCGACGCCGGAAUCCCUCUCGGUCAAGUGCAAAGUCGAAGUUGCACGAGACGCGUCGUCAACAGGUUGCUCCUAUUAUCGAGAAGCCGACAAAGGAGAAGAAACAGACAGGUCGAAAGGGUAAAAAGCCGACAAAGUCAACGGAAGCUGGUGGUAGUCGAUCUCAAGCGAAGACAAGUACUCGUCGGCGACGCGGUUGAUUGUUCGCCUGUGCAUUUUAGAAUCUUUCCUGGCGGCAACACUACGUAUUAUAUCCAAUAUGGUCCCUGGCGUCUUUGGAUCUAGCUAAGCUUCGCGUUCGCAUCAUUUACUCGCUUUAGGUGGGUGGAUAUUGAGCUAAAUCAAUUCACUAUUUCUGGACACGAGUCGUCGAUCAUCUUGCGGAAGGUUCAAAAUCACAUGAAAAGUGACUGCGAUGCUGAUGCGUUGUUUGUCCAGUAUCGAUAUUCCUCCCCCCCCGUAAUUAUAAGAGAUAAAUAAGUACUCGAAUGGGUAAAAGUAUCGAAGCAUGGAAGCAAAUCAACUGGGAUAUACUGAC